AUGUCAUCUUCCUCUUCAUCCACUCUUGAUCCUUCUCUUUCCAUUACCCAACAGUAUCCAUUAGGAACCUCCUCUCCUAAACUUGGUCAUCAUUCAUCGACCCGACAAUUAAAUGCUCCUUCCACUUCUUCAUCCUAUCAAGUCCCACAUCCGAUGAAACAACAACUCUAUCAGGCUGUUGUGAACGGUCAGGUUGACCGAGUGGAAUCCAUCUUGGAUGAAUUAUUAGAUUAUGCCCAACAACAGUAUAAUACGAACAGCAUCAGCAAUGGAGGUCUUCAAUCACCAACUCUCUCCACGAUGGCUCCUCUCUUUGCUAAUACCUCUCCCAUUCCAAAUAGUAAUAUUAUCAGUCCCAGCAAUCAUCAUGUUUCAUCGCCUCUUCCCGGAACCAGCAAUACAAGCAAUGGAAGUAGUCAUUUGAAUGGAAAUCAUCAUAUCGGCCAUCAUCCACAGGAUGAGGAAGAAGAUGUUGCGGUCGAGUCUCAACCAAACACCACCUCCAAUACUCCACAAUUACACCAAUCAUCCACAUCUCAAUGCAAUUCAGUUUCUUCGUCUUGCUCCUCCUUGUUAGGAUCAAGUCCGCCUGGUUCUCUCUCCGCUUCAUCAAAUACUCCUAAUUUGAAUAAUAGUAACUCAUUAUCAUCUUCUCGUGGUGCCAUAGGAGGCCCUUCCAUCGACCAAAUCAUACUCAAAACAACCUAUCCAGAAGAAUUUGAUAUCAAUAUUGUACAUUUGGCCGCAAAAUCCAAUCAAGCAGAGUGCUUGUCACAUAUCAUUUCAAAAGCAUGUUGUGACGAAAAAUGUGGAGCAGGACUCCAUAGCGCAGAUUGUCAAAGAAAAACGAAUGUCAUUUUAUCUUCUGUUGACAAACAAAACGCAACACCUUUAUUCUAUGGAAUUCAAGCAGGAUCUCCAACUAUUUGUACAUAUUUGUGUAGCUUUAAGAUUGUUCAAGAUCAAUUGAAUAUGCAUGCAGAUCGUUAUGGAUUUUUACCAAUUCAUAUUGCUCUGAAAAGAAAAGAUUUUGACAUGUGUGACACUUUACAAUUAUUUGGAGCUAAAUUAGAAACAACUGUCGGAAUGGGUGUUGGUCUGGGAGAAUCUGUUCUACAUGUUGCUGUUCGUGACAAGUCAAUCGAAACAGUUGAAUACUUGGCAAAGACAAAACCUGGUAUUUUACUCAAGAAAAAUCAACAAGAAGAGAACGCAUUGUUUGCAUGUUUGACGGACUUUAGAGGAAUGAGAACUAAGAAACUUGUUACUUCUUUCCUUUCAACACUUUUACCAACUGGAUCAUCUUUGUUUGGUGCAGAUGCAUUUGAGAGAGCCAUUCUUCAGAAGAAUGCUCAUGGACGAAAUGUUCUCAUGGAAUCUAUCGCAAAGAAUGACAUGUCCUCUCUCUAUGCUAUUUUAGAGUACUUACAAAAUGAGAAAAAUAGCACAAAGAAUAGGCUCAUUCCAAUUCUUCUCAACGAGGUGGAUUCUCAACAAAAGAAUAUUCUUCAUUUGUGUGUACAAUCAGUAUUUUCAACUGGUAUGGCUUUCGAUCCAGACACCGACGAAGCAAGUUUGGAUUGGAUGAAUGCUUUGUAUUGGAUUUAUGAUUUUGUUGAAAAUUGUGGAGUUGUCAAGGUGUCAAAGAUGUCAUCCUUGUUUUUAGCAAAAGACAAAUAUGGUGACACUCCAAAGGAGAGUUGCAAACAAUUCUAUGACUCCACAAAUAACGAUCUCCAAGAACCUUUAAUCAUUUCUGAGACUAUUGGUGAGUCACUUGAUGAGACACAAAACUAUUGGAUUGCAGGAAAGAAGCGAAAACAACCAAAAACUAGCAGAAAGUCUUUGAAGAUUUCAGAUUUAGACGACAGUAAUGGCAAAAGUCGUACAUCAUUGUCUCACCAUGUCAUGGAUUUCCUUGGCAUUAGUGUGAAAAGGGGUUUCAGAAAAUGA